AUGCCGUGUAAUAAUAAUACGCUCGAAGUUAGUGCUAAUGGCGAAUACGCUGGCGGAAGUGUUGCUGCGGCAUUAAAAGCUAUUCCUGCCGCUAAUAAGAUAAGGACUGACCUCACCUCAGAACAAGCCCGAGAUUGGCUGAAUAAAUUACAUGAGUUAAAAGGAAACGUAUUAGUAAGUGCUGCUAACGGUGGUAGUAAUGCACCAGCGAUAAGCCAUACUGCACCAGGGGGCGUUCCUCACGCUAACAACGACGAUUUAAGAAAUGCCGGAGAUAUCACUUUCGAUGGCGGUGGUGGUAAUAACCAACGUGCUAUGCAGGUUGCAGCAAACGUUGCUCCAAAUAAUACAGCAUUAAGGGGUUCUUAUUGUAUUACUGUUUGUAAUAAUACUGGUGCUGGGGCAGUUGCUAAUGCUAACUUAGUAACUCCAAUUGCUAAUAAUAAAUAUAAUCUUGUCCAAACUACAGUUUAUACUAUCCUUCAAACUGGUGUUGGUGGUGGAGCAGCUAUCAGUGCUGGUUCUUUAAGAACGCAAGAAAUUGGUGCGGCAGGUGGUGUUACGGCUGCUCACAUUAAAAAAGCCAAAGAAUUCGACAGUGCUUUAGCUAAACUAAGAAAAGCUAGUGGUGCUGGCACUAAAACUAACACAGCGAUAAAUUCUAGCACUGGAGCUGUUGUUAAUGCUGUUGAAAAUUGA